AUGGCUUUCAAUGCGAAAAAUCUUAACUAUGACCGAAGCGAGCCAGCGUUCCUGCGAAAACUGCGAAAUCAGUACGGCGGAUCUGAUAAUGUACGCCACGAACACCCCGUACCACGUCCGCGCAAACCAAAGGACAACGAUGACGACGAUGCGCCUGUCUACGUAGAUGAGGACACAAAUGAGACUAUAUCAAAAGAGGAUUACGAACAACUUGUGAACGGCACUGAAGGCAAGGACGAUAGUACCGACAAGGACAAAGAAGGAUUAGAGGAAUCGGUAGAUUCCUCAAAAUCAAAAUCUGCAGAGGCUGCCGGUGAUGAAGUGAAAACUCAACAGAACCUAGCCGAGAUCGGUACUCAGAAGAAACGAAGAAAAGCUAAAAUCAUCCAAGACGAUGAAGUUACGGAGGACGGAUCGCGGAGCAAGGACAGUUCAGUGACGUCGAAACCCAGUGCCAAAUCGAAUGCGAAAAGGAAGAAGAUCAAAUUGUCCUUUGAUGAGCCAGAAUAA